CUACAUCUUCGCCAUUUGUAAAAGUGCCAAUACUUCUUGCAUCAGCGCGUGUACCACACACUCACCGGUAAAGUUACAAACAGCUGCUCGUCGUCUGGUUUUAAAGUAAAAUAAAUACACCUUUAAAGCCAGUUUGGUCCACACAUAGCGGAACAGUUACCAAAGGCUAGAUGAAGCUCUUCGUCAGUGAAGGCAACCCGCACUGCCUCAAGGUGUUAGCUGCACUAGAAGUGACCGGAGUUCAUUGUGACGUCCAGAAUGUCAACCACGAAGAGAGAGUUGUGCCGUUCCUCAGCCGCCCAGCCUUGCCGGCGCUGCUCCUCUCCAGUGGUCUGCACCUUUUCAGCCCUAAUGCCAUCUGCCGAUACCUGUUUGAAGUAAGUGGACAAGACUGCAGUGAGCUUUGUAAUCGGUGGCUGGAAUGGGAGGCCACAGAUCUUCAGCCUGCACUGCUACAGUGUCUUCACAUGGCAGUGCUGCAGGGAAAAGGUUCAGAGGUGUCCAAGGUUCUCCAAGGGUCCCUAAACUACAUGGAGCAAAGCUUGAGCAAAGUGAACACGCCAUAUUUAACUGGGGAUGCAGUUUCUGUUGCUGAUGUUGUUUUGUGGGCUGCACUGUAUCCUGUUUUAUCUGACUCUUCACUAGCAUUGGGCGAGCACGCGUCUGUCAAGGCUUGGUUUGACCGUGGGGCUGCCAUGCACAGUUGCCAGUCUGCUGCUCAGAAAGUGCUGCAGGGAAAAGGCCUGCAGGGCAUGAAGAGCUUCAUGCAGAGGCAGCCUGCCCUUCAGAGCAGCCCGUGCAGAGACACGCAGCCAUGCAACGGCAACCCUGCUGAGGAUGAGGAAAGUGAGCGCGCGGUGUCCGUUGAGGAGAUAGAGGCAGCUGCUCAAACCUGGAGUCAAGGUUUGAGCUCCUCUCCCUUGGCUGCAGACCGACAGCACCCCAUUUUGCCACAGGAGGGCAAGCGAAACCUCCUUGUGACCAGCGCCUUGCCUUAUGUCAACAACGUCCCCCACCUGGGUAACAUCAUUGGCUGCGUCCUUAGCGCUGAUGCCUUCAGCAGAUACGGCCGUCUGCGAGGCUGGAACAUGCUGUACGUAUGUGGCACAGACGAGUACGGCACAGCAACAGAGAACAAGGCCAGAGAGGAAGGUUUGACCCCGCAGCAGAUCUGCGACAAGUACCACGCCAUUCACUCCAGCAUCUACAAGUGGUUCCAGAUUGACUUUGACUUUUUUGGCAGAACCACCACCGAAAAGCAGACGGAGAUUGCCCAGAAUAUUUUCUGGAAAGUCCACAAGCAUGGCUUCCUCAUGGAAGACACCGUGGAGCAGCUGCGCUGUGAGAACUGCAAGCGCUUCCUCGCCGACCGCUUCGUAGAGGGCAUCUGUCCCCACUGCAGCUACGCAGAAGCUCGCGGUGACCAGUGUGACAAGUGCGGGCGGCUCAUCAACGCCGUGGAGCUGAGGGAGCCCCAGUGUAAAGUCUGCAGGCAAACUCCAGUUGUACGCUCCUCCAAACAUCUUUUCUUGGACCUGCCAAAGCUAGAGGCUCAGUUGGAGCAGUGGCUUGACAAGUCAACCAGCACAGGAGACUGGACAGCAAAUGCCAAACAGAUCACUCGCUCCUGGCUGAGAGAUGGCCUCAAACCUCGCUGCAUCACCAGGGACCUGCGGUGGGGGACGCCAGUACCUCAUCCCGACUUUAAAGAGAAGGUGUUCUACGUGUGGUUUGACGCCCCCAUUGGUUAUUUGUCCAUUACCGCCAACUACACCGACCAAUGGGAGAAGUGGUGGAAAAAUCCAAGUCAGGUGGAGCUGUACAACUUCAUGGCCAAAGACAAUGUGCCAUUUCACAGUGUGGUGUUUCCCUGCUCCCUACUGGGAGCGCAGGACAACUACACUCUGGUCAACCACCUCAUUGCCACUGAGUAUCUGAAUUACGAAGACACAAAGUUCUCAAAGAGCCGUGGUGUAGGUGUGUUUGGAGACAUGGCCAUGGACACGGGCAUCCCGGCCGACGUGUGGCGCUUCUACCUGCUCUACGUGCGCCCAGAGGGACAGGAUUCAGCCUUCUCCUGGGCCGACAUGGCUCUGAAGAACAACUCCGAGCUGCUCAACAACUUGGGCAACUUCAUCAACAGAGCUGGCAUGUUUGUCACUAAGUUCUUUGAGGGCAGUGUUCCUGUGAUGGAGCUCCAGCUGGAAGAUAAGAAGCUCCUGGCUGUGGUGGGCUGGGAACUGCAGCAAUACAUCCAGCUAAUGGACAAAGUCAAAAUCCGUGAUGCUCUGAGACACAUCCUCAACAUCUCCCGCCAUGGCAACCAGUACAUUCAGGUCAACGAACCCUGGAAGAAGAUCAAGGGAGGAGACAAGGAGAGGCAGCGUGCGGGCACGGUCACCGGAGUGUCAGUGAACGUCGCCUGCCUGCUGUCGGUGAUGCUGCUGCCGUACAUGCCAGCUGUGAGCCGAACCAUCAGGGAUCAGCUCAAUGCGCCUCAGUCCUGCGUCAACACCAUGCUGCAAGGCACCGGCACCUUUGUCUGCUGCCUGAGUGCCGGCCACCGCAUCGGCACUGUUAGUCCGUUGUUCCAGAAACUGGAGGUGGACCAGAUUGAAGCUUUGAAGAAGCGAUUUGGUGGACAGCAGCCUGAUGAUGAACCACCUAAAAAAAAGAUGACAGCUCAGAGCGCCGGCAGCGCUCAGCCCGCCGCGCCAGCAGCGCCCGCCGCUGCCACCACCGAGGUGGUUUCGGUGAACGGCGUGGAUCCAGAAAAGGCCAAGCAGCUCACGCAGGCUGUAACUGAGCAGGGGGAAAAGGUGCGAGCACUCAAAGCCCAGAAGGCGGAGAAGGCCGUGGUCACAGCAGAGGUGGCCAAACUGUUGGACCUUAAGAAACAGCUGGCUCUGGCUGAGGGGAAGAGCGCUGAGGCUGCACCUCAGAAGGGCAAGAAGAAGUGAGACAGAAUUAAAAUGAAGGCAGGUUAGCGAGAGUAGAAUGGUUGGAGGUAUUAUUGUGGUGAAUGGGAACAAGAUGUACACUAAAAAGGGAGAUGAGGGUAUUACCUCAAGGCAAAGCCGCGACAAGACAAUGUGGCGUUGGCACGGCGGACUGAUGAAAUGUUGGAUGGGCCGACGAAAACACACAGACUCAAAUGAACACCGCUACAGAAAGAAGGGAUUUUUUUCCAAAUCCCCACACCAAAAGAAACUGAUUUUUAUACUCUCCCUGUGAUACAGUCAGCAUACGCUAUUAGUGUCAAAGUGCGUUUUUUUUUUUUAUCCCUUGGAAUUUUUUUCUUCCAUUUGCUACAUAUACCUUUUAUUGGAUCC